AUGCACGGCUCAACGUAUGGAGGCCGCAUCACUGGACACGUUAGGGCUGCUGACGGCAUUUCACCUUCGGAUGCUGCUUAUGGCGGGAGGUUUGUGCUUAAAGCGUCGACUAGUGAGACGGCGACGACCCCAGCGCUGCCUGUGUUGGACAUGACCGAGGAGGAGCACGUCAUAGCAUCUUCGAACCUGUUUAAACUGUUCACUCGCUGUGUGAACGCGUGCGACUCGGACAACUUCGACUUCGCCGUGGAAACCAUAGUUGAUUACGUAAAUGCAUAUGGGAAGUAUUGUUCGCCUUUUUUCAAGGAACCCGUCGAGGUGACCGCACCGGCCCCGGGCUCGGAUGCGUCGGAUGAAGGCCCGGAAAGUUCCGUAGACGAGUCCAACGCUGAUGCUGAAGAUGAAGCAUUUGAGCACAAGAAGAUUCCACCCAUUUCCGACAGAUCGCUCAGCUACCAUUACACGUCAGAGGAGGUGGGCAUCGACGUCGACGGUGCGCAGCGUCGUUGGCGAGUGGCCAUAAAGCCCAACGUCUCGCGCACAGUGCGGCGGCUAAUAAUACAGCACCGCAAACUGUGUGCCGGGAUCAUCGGACGCGCUAUGCACAAGGUGUCGAGCCUGGACGAUCUAAGGGCAAUAACUACCGUCUCCCGUGACGCCGCCCGUUUGGGGAUUGUGGUUCUGAAGGGCAUGUACGCCGCGAUGUGUGUUAUACACGCGAAGCUUGGUCGUGCAGAAAAGGCCUUCAAAUACCUCGAGCGUAUGUGGGCUCUGGGUGACCGGCGGCGCCACCGCAGUUACGAGCCGCUGUUCGAGUACUUCGAAGAACACUUGGAUGGAGACGGCAUGCUUAGGGUCUUGCGCCACCUGGUCGAAGUGGGAGGGAUGCCCGUGAGCGGCUUAAUUUUCACGCGCAUAUUGGUCACAAUAGGCCUGUCAGCCAAACACCGUCUUUUGGAAUUGGGCCACAGCAACCCAGUUGAGGAUAGGGCUUCCGCCCAUGGGCCGUCGAGGCCCGGGCUGCCAGCGGAUCAGGCUACUAGCCUGGGUUCGAACAAUCGAAUCUCCGCCACCGCCAACAUGAAAAGUGAUAAACAGCGAGAUGCGUUAUCGGAGGUCUAUGGAACGCUGCGCCGCCAAUUGACAGAGGCGUUGGAAAUAUUCCACAAGCACUCUUGCAACAGGGUGUCAUUGUCAUCGCGGCUUGGUUAUGUGGUAUCUACGGUGCUUUCGGAUGUUGUUCCCGGUCUCGUGCACUACACUCACGUGUCACCAGCCGACUCCUCUACUCUCUCCACUUCCGGCACCGCAGUGUUGACUAACAGCUUCAGUGAUCACGGUGGAGCUGGGAAUAAGAUCCCUCACAGCCACGCCCCUCCUGACGCCGAAUCGCAUGGUGUUUGUGCUAAAUGCAAACGUCAUUUACCGCUCAUUCAGCUCUCCGUGGAAGACCGCCUCACAGUGUUCCGCAGUUGGCUGCAGAACAUCUACGACUACAACUUCCCGGAAAUAAUCCGGCUGGCCAACUUCUACGCCUGGCUACACGCUCCCAUGCGCAAUGGAGUGGGCUACACGUGCAUUCUGGAUGGGCAGAACAUUGGUUACCACAGGCGCCAGGACCUGAGCCCGUUAGACUUCUACAAGAUAGACACGGUGUUGCGUGAGAUGGUACGCCGCGGCGAGCGCCCGCUUGUGGUACUUCCCCAUUACGCGCGCGCGAACUCCCCCGCUGCGUGCGACGUGCUUGAGCCGGAGACCAUUGAUUUGCUGUUCCCAGGCCACAAGCUGCCGCGCAAACCCAUAACCCUCUCGAGCGCGACCCCGUCUCGGCCCAAGCGCUACAGCGCUGCCGAGAUCGACGUGAUAAACCGUUGGACUGAUUCCAAACAGGUGUACUUCUGCAAGGUUGGGAGCUACGAUGACAACUACUUCCUGCUGGCGAACGUGAUGACCGGGUGUGCCGAGGAACUUGCCGUGCUGGGCGGUUUCCUCAAAUCGAGUUUGAAUCUAUCACUGGCGCAAAGGAAUGAAACCGGAGCGUCGGUUCUGGCAGCUGAUCUGCCUGACCCUAAGGUGGAGGACUACGUACAUGCAGUGGACCCGGCAAUGCGCCGCCCAAUGAUGAUCACCGUGACCAACGACAGCCUCGCAAACCUGGAGAUACCAGGCGUGGAAGAGCGUCUGAUGCGCGCGUUACGCGACAUACCGUUGAGCCCCUACUUCUUCACCAGCGAUGAAGGCUGGCACGGCGGCGCAUAUACAGGUUCCACGGCCAGUGGCUAUGGCGGUAACGCCGUGAUCGGCCAAAGGCUGAAAUAUUCCCUAGAGAUGUAUUCAUCGGGCCGCGGGGUAUACCACAUCCCUCUAGGAUAUGAACGUAAGGUGAUUGACUACAGAGCGCGCCACACGGUGUUGGUGACUCGCAACGAGAGGCCGAGGAUAGACCCCCCCGCUGCGGGCGUGUUCCUCGACACACCGGGGCCGUCGGCGAGGAAAGGCGAGCACAACAUCGAUGCCGAGCUAGUGCAAGUGCAGGCAUGGCUGGAUAAACACGGGUACACGGAAUUGCUGCAGCGUCUGGGGCCCAGGAUGCCGGAGCGUAACACACGCCUCCGCCAUCCUCGAGGAUACGCGAUCACCACGCGGACGCCAGAAGCGAUGAAGCAAAAGUUCAACCCCUCGCAGCAAACACGCUGGCUGUGUGUAGACCUGUCUGCAAUAGACAACGUCGCAGCGAGCGCCGCUGCCUCGUGA